CAGUUUUCCGUGAGUCUGUGCACGUUAUGAACGUGUUGUCUCUCUGUCUCAUGUUUUUCGCGAGUGUAAAUUGUUGUCUUGUCUAGGAAUAAAUUUUAAUAAUAGUUCGUGUAUUAUUUCACUUAUUAAAGUUCAAUGGACUUUGUCUUUAGAAAUAUAAUUGUCGUUUUUUAUAACAAAUUUUUUAUCCAGUGUGUGAGUGUGUGUGAUCGUUAAUAGUGUUUGACGUUACUAGCUGUCAAGUUUUAGCUCGUGCGGAAUUCCGGAGAUAAAAAAAAACGUUGAAUUAGUAGUAAAAGUUAACCUCAAAGUCACACUGGGGAAUAAGGUGAUAAAUCAUUGUUUAUUGUUGGCACGCAAACUGCUCCUUCAGGUAAAAGAGGAGGGAGUAGGAGAAAAGAGUAGUGAGUUGUAUAGUCAGGACGAGAGCUAAUGUGCCGGAAGAAUUUUUGCGGUCUUGUGUUUCUCAAAGUAAAAGGAAUGUUGUGGUUUAAUGAUUCGUGUGUUGUCUUUUCCUAUUCUCUGGAAUUAAAUGGUGUGCUUUGAAAGAGGAGCGCCGUCUCCGUCCCGGGAAAGAGCUUAGCCGGUUCCACGCCCCUUGGAAAUUUUUGGUGUUAAAAAUUGCAACCCUUAAUUUUUAUUAUAAGGGUUAGUUUCUUAAAGAGUGAAAGUGUAAAAUAUUGUUGAUUUUCUUAGUUCUGUCAGGUUUCAUUGAUUGUAAUUUUUACAAUCUUGUGAUUGAUUAGAAAAAGGGUGUGUGUAAUGUGUGCUGAGAAUCAUCGAUUCUUGCCUGGGAAAGCAUAGUUUAUGAAAGUAGAAAAAUGUUUAAUUUUAUGAAAAAAGUUGCGGAAAAGGAAGACAAGGAGAAAAGGAAACGAGAGAAAAAAGAACGAAAGGAUGUGAAAAAAAGGGAUCGUGGUAGUAUGUCCGCUGAAGAGCUUCUUCGUCUCGACGAGAUGCGAAGGUCCUUGAAAAUUCGCGGUCGUAGAAAGGAGAAGGAAAAAUUGCCGAGUGGAAUAACUGAGUGCGCUUCAUUUUUUGCACAAUUGGAUAGAGAUUUGUUGGAUAGUUCACAAAAUUCAGCUGGAACGAGCUGGUCCCGAAUUCCCGAUGGUCUAACACAAAGUGACUCCUCAGAGGCAUCGCUUACAUCACUAACGAAUGCAGGUGGUAAACUUUUGCCUCCUUUACCACCCAAGCCACCUAAACGUGGAAUAUUAAAAGGACCUCGACUAAGUAUCACGAGCGUUAGUAUCCUAAGCGAGAGCAACAUCGUGCCGAAUGGCAAUCAGGAGAAUAAUCAUCAGGAGGCGAGCAACCUCUUAGUCAGAAACACCCUUCAAAAUGAAGUAAUCGCAUAUCAAAAUAUUCCCAGUCAACAUCUUCUCGGGUUGAAUAAUGAAGGCUGCAGUGAAGAGGAAUCUUCCUAUCAAAGGCAACAUCACCAUCAUCAUCAUCAGCAUUAUCAUCAUCUUCAACAGGACAGUAAACUUCUUCAAGUCGUGACGAGUGCGAGCCCUUCCGCGGAUUCAUUGACAGACACAACCAACUCGAGUUUCGCCACUCCACCCUUUAGUUUGUCGCCAGUUGGAGAGUCUCAGGGAUUCUCGAGGUGGAGGUCGUCGGCCUCCUUCGAGGAGCAGGGUAUCGUUGAAUUACCAUUGCCCGAAAUUGUACCACUCGAAUUACCAGAACCAAGGGAACUGACAAUUCAACGGCAACCACCGCCUAGAAAUGAUUUUGGAUUUUCAUUGCGUCGCGCUGUGAUUGUUGAACGUGGUCCCAAUGGUGUUACGCAAAUGCGUUCAGUGACAUUCGCGGAACCCGGUGCUUUAGUGCAAAAUAUCAAUGACACUGGCUUAUUGCCCGGAGAUCGACUUAUUGAGGUCAAUGGAAUCAGCGUCGAUGAUAAGCCACGGGAGGAGAUCAUCGAUCUUAUCAAGGGCUCCGGUGGCAGUGUCACAGUGAAGGUGCAACCAGUCGCUGAAUUAUCGGAAUUAUCGAGACGCGGUGGAAGUGAUGGACGACAAGUGAAACUUGCACCUGCAAAUAUCCGCAGCGGUACUCUUCGACGAUCGGGAAGUUUGCGCUUUCAUCAAAAUACGGCGCGAUCCGAGGAGCAUCUGGCACAAGAGCAAGCUUUUCUGGCGUCCGAGAGAAUUUGGCUUUUGCAUCGAGGUGGAUUCACCCCGGCGACGAAAUGUGGUCCUGCAGAUCCAGACACUGGAAAAUUGAGGGUUCGUUUGAUUCCCACUGGAGAGGAACUCCUCGUCGACGAAGAGGACGUCGAAAAGGCGAACCCACCUCAGUUUGACAAGGCGGAGGAAUUAUCACAACUACGCUUUUUAAAUGAGUCUUCAGUCCUUCACACUUUGCGACAGAGAUAUGCCAGUAACCUUAUUCACACUUACGCUGGAGACAAUAUGGUCGUCAUCAAUCCUGUUGCUCCGCUAGCAAUUUACUCGGAAAAGGUGGUUCAAAUGUUCAAAGGAUGCAAGAGCGAAGACAUGCCGCCUCACAUUUACGCCAUGACACAAUCGGCUUAUAGAGGCAUGCUGGCUACAAGACGAGAUCAUUCGCUUGUUUUCCUUGGACGAAGUGGAUCUGGGAAAACUACAAACUUCAAACACGCUUUGCACUACCUACUACUUGCUGCUGGAACAGUUAAUAAGAUUUUGACAUUUGAGAAACUCAAUGCUCUGUUUACUGUUCUUGAAGCAUUUGGUAACAGUCGAACGCACAUGAAUUCAAAUGCUACUCGUUUCACUCAACUCUUCAGUCUAGACUUUGAUCAGUCAGGACAAAUAGCUUCCGCCUCUCUUCAGGUGUUGCUGUUGGAAAAAUCGAGAAUAGGAAGAAGAGGCAAUGGAGAUCCAACUUUUCACGCAAUUUACAGACUUCUCGCCGGUGCGGAAGGCGCAUUGAGAAAGGAGCUUCACCUCACGAAUUUGGUGGCUGAGAAUAAUCCAUUUAUAACGCCUCUACAGAAACACGAGGACAAACAACGCGCAAUGGUGGAAUUCAAUCGAAUUGUUGCGGCACUGAAAAUUUUGGGUAUUUCGGAAAUGGACGAGAAGGCAAUUUGGUUGACAUUGGCGGGUAUUUAUCAUUUGAGUUGUGCGGGCGCCGUGAAAGCUGGUACAAGUUCGCAAAGUCGAUGGCAAUUCGCGAGGGUUGAAUGCACAGAGAAAGCAGCCACCUUGCUGGGAACGUCAGUUGAAGAACUUAGUCGUGUUGUAUUUUCUUGUAACGGCGGAGGUGGCACUCCAAACACUCCUAGACCCACUUUGAGAACGCCCAGUCCAACUGAUCAAAGUAAAGACGUGACAGGACUUGAUGCACUUGAAGGAUUUCUCAUUGGUCUCUAUUCUGAAGUAUUUCAUUGCGUUGCUGCUUUGAUCAACAAGUCGAUAUCAUCUCCGGUGCACACGGUAUCUUCACUUCUUCUUUGUGACGCUCCUGGAUUCCAGAAUCCAGCAUCCUGUGGGCGACAAACAGGAGCAACGUUCGAGGAUUUAUGUCACAAUUAUCUACAGGAACGAUUGCAACUUCUCUUUCAUCAUACAACUCUGGUAGCACCUAAAGACAGGUACGUUCAGGAAGGAAUUGACGUUGAUUAUGAAGAUGACUGCGAUGACGAUGGACUGGCCUCUCCUCAAGCCCUUGUUUCAUUGUUGGAUCGAGGAAGUUCUCAAAGUGCAACAAUGUUGAGAACAAGUCAAAGUGAUUUAAGCAGCAUUAGGCAAAUGGAAAGGAAAGGAGUUCUUUGGCUUUUGGAUGAGGAAACCGUCUGUCCUGGAGGAAGCGAUGAAUCCUUUAUGGAUAGAUUAUUCUCCCAUUACGGCGAUCGAGAUCAUCAGAUGCUACUGAGGAAAGCACCGGGCAAUAAUCAAUUUGUCCUGCAACAUUUGCAGGGUACAAAUCCAGUUUUGUAUACGGCGACAGGUUGGAUAAAAGCGACGCGUGAAAAUCCAGUGGCAAGGAGCGCCAUUACGAUUCUUCAGGAGAGCACUAGGGAAGACGUCAGUAGACUGUUUGUUUGUGCAAGAGGAGCCGGAGUUUCCGGUGCUUUGAGUGGUUCUGUCCACGGUUUGGAAGGCUCCCAAUCUUUGCGAAGGGCAUCCAGCAUCCGCCGAACAUUCACUGCAGUGAAGAGAAAAAAUGUCUGUUUACAAGUGAAAUUCACCGUGGAUGGUCUCGUGGAAACGUUACGAAGAACAAAAAUGAAGUUCAUUCAUUGCCUUUUACCCCAGCAUAAUGCGGGCUGCACUGACAAUAAAAGUAUUCUUUCUGUAAAAUCUAACCAAAGUGAAGACAAUAUCAUCAACGUGCCUCUUCUGCGCUCACAGAUUCGAGGAGGUCAAAUUGUUGAAGCCGUGCGUUUACACAAAGUUGGCUUUCCAAAACACAUGCCCCUUGGAGAAUUUAGACGGAGAUUUGGAUUACUCUCGAGUGACGGAAACAUUCGGCCAGGAAGUCCGGUUGCCGAUGAACGUCGAGCUGUCGAGGAUAUGCUUCUAUCUGUGGACGUGGACCUCGCAUCGUAUCGCGUCGGACAGAGUCAGAUCUUUUUCAGGGCUGGUGCUCUAGAACGACUUGAAUCCCAAAGGGACGAGAAGCUAACCGGACACAUCAUACUCCUUCAAGCAAGAUGCAGGGGUUAUUUGGCUCGAAGGAAACUCAAUACUUUGAAAUUGCAAGACUUGGCUGUAAGAUGUAUUCAGCGAAACGUUCGAAAAUUGAUGUCAGUUCGAGAAUGGCCAUGGUGGAGACUUUACGUGAAAAUUGCACCACUUUUGAAUGUUCAUCGAACAGAGGAUCAAUUAAAAGCGAGACAAGAAGAAUUGGAAAUCCUAAGGGCGAAGGUUGAGCGUUUGGAGCAGGAGAGAAAUCAUUUGAAACACGACAAUGACAAACUGGAAGCAAAGUUGAGUGAGAUGACAGCAGAUUUUGCUGAGGAGCAUUCCACAUCAACGUUGGCAGCUGAGCGAAUUGAUGCCGAGACAUCGGAACGUCUUCGUUUGGAACGAGAACUCCAGGAUGUCACGGAGGCCAAUAAAAAUCUUCAACAAGCAACAGAACGUUUGGAAAUGGAAUUACUUUACGCGAGAGCAGCCGAUUUAAAUGGACUCGCAUCGGAUGGUGAGGACGGCGAAGAUGGUGGUGUUUAUAAACAAAGAUAUGAGCACGCAAUGCGGGAAUUGGAAUUUUUUAAAAGAAAAAUGGCACAACAGCACGAGGACGAUCUCGAGCAAUUAGUUGGACUCAAAAAACAAUUAGAAAAGAAGUUGGCUGAUUCCUACGAGGAAAUAGAGGAGCAACGUCAAGUUGUCGGCCAGUGGAAACGCAGGGUUCAAAAAUUAAAUGGAGAAAUGCACGAUCUUCGACUUCUCCUUGAAGAACAAACGGCGAGGAAUAAUUUACUUGAGAAGAAACAGCGCAAAUUCGAUUCGGAGACGCAAAAUUUGAUGGAUGAUCUCAGACAGGAGAAGGCGCAGAGAGAGAGGCUCGCGAGGGAAAAGGAGAUUGCCAUCGCCGAGAAAUUUACUGUUGAACAAAAUUUGAGUGACGCUCGUUUGGAGAUAGAAUUAAAAGAAGAGAGACUGCACACCCUGACGCAAGAAUUGGAGGAAUUGACCUUCGGAGGGAAAACUGAGGAAGAAGUGGCCCAAUUAAAGAAAGCGAAGCACGAACUCGAGAAGAAGUGUAAGGAUCAAGAGGAAGAAUUGGACGAUUUAGCCGGACAGGUACAAUUAUUGGAGCAGGCGAAAUUGAGACUCGAGAUGAGUAUAGAGCAACAGCGUAAAGAGAUGCGCAAGGAAAUGCAACAAAGGGACGAGGAACUCGAAGAUGUGAGGGGAAAUGCUCACAAAAAAGUCAAAUCACUCGAGGCACAGCUCGAAAAUGAACACGAGGAACGGACAAUAUUGUUGCGUGAGAAGCACGAUUUAGAGAGACGAUUGGUUUGCUUCGAGGAACAGGAUCGAACUGAUCGCGCUGCCGAGGCCGAAAUGACGCAGAGAUUGAAGAGGGACUUGAAGAGAACGAAGGCGCUAUUACGAGAUGCUCAAACGAUGUUGGAACGUUCGAAGGGUGAUUCGACUGGUAAAGCGGCUCUACGUCAACUCAAGAAUCAAUUGGAGGAUGCUGAGUGUGCGAGAGCCGUGGCGGUGAAGGCAAAACAGGCACUGGAACAGGACUUGAACGAGACGCAAGCGGCGCUGGAAGAAGCUACUCGACAGCGUUCCGACGCUGAGGAUCGAGCGAACGCUGCCACUAGAGAACGCGCCGAAUUACUGUCUCAAUUAGAAGAAAACGAGGAGGAACUCGCUGAGGUAUUGAAGAAAUAUCGAGCAGCAGUGCAACAGGUUUCUGCUGAACAGACACAACUUCAAGAGACUCAGGUACAGAUGGCGGCUUUGGAAGCUGAGAAAUCUUCUUUGAAAGAUCAGCUUACAGAACUUAGUCAGCGGUUAGAGUCUGUGGAGCAACUUGGUGAUCCUACCGCUAAUAGUCUUGCCACGAGAAGGCUCGAGUUCCGAACGAAGGAGCUCGAAAGCAAACUUGAACUUGAACAAACUACCAGGGCACGACUCGAGACGCAAAUAGCGAGACUCAAGGAGAGUGUGGACAAAUUGCAAACGGAAUCUGCAUUAUUGAGGACAAAGGAGCAAACUGCACAGGACGCCGCGAGAAGAUUGCAGAGAUCGCUUCGCGAGAGUAGAGAAGAGGCAACAUCGGCAAUGGCUCGUGAACAGGAGGCGACACGAGCUCGACGGGACGUGGAAAAAUCUUUGGAAUCUGCUGAAGCAGAGGCCAAAGUUAUCAGAGACGAUCUGAGGCUCGCCCUUCAGAGAAUAGACGAUUUGCAAAGUGCAAUUCAAGGCGAUCUUGACUUGGAUUGCAGCGAGGAAGCGACUAGUGAAAAUAGUGAUAGUGACUGAUCCGAGUUGAUAACGGACUUGGAGUCCGAUGUGGAAAACGAAGAAUAAAAUUUGAAGAGAUUAAAAGAAAAAGAAGAGAACUCGAUUAAUGAAUGAAUAAUCGAUGAUUUGAAAAAGAAAGAAAAAAGAAAGAAAAUCGACGCAGGAAAGCGUAGGUUGCAUAUAUUAUAUCGUAAAAGCUCGCAUCGAGCAAUGUUAAAAGA